UUUUAAAAUUUUUGCACGGUGAGCUUGAUGGUGUAGAGUCUCGCUGUGAGAGGAAACAAUGGCGACUGCGGGAACUGCGGCGACUGCGGCGGGCGGCACGGGUUCAGGAGGAUCAGCGGCCGGUCAGGCGGGGCCUGGUGCUUCGGUGGGCCGGAAAAAGGAUGGGGGGCCAUCGGCUAAAUUUUGGGAGAGCGCUGAGACGGUUUCUCAGCUCGAGUCGGUUCGUCAGUGGAUCGGAAAACACUACAAAAAGUAUGUCCAGGCCGACUCUCCAUCUUGUAAGUCGUUGGCGGGGCUGGUGGUCCAGCUUCUCCAGUUUCAGGAGGAUGCGUUCGGACGCAGAGUGAGCAAUCCAGCCCUCACCAAACUGCCCGCCAAAAGCUUCUUGGACUUCAAAGCAGGUGGAGCUCUGUGUCACAUCCUGGGAUCUGCUUAUAAGUUUAAAAGUGAACAGGGAUGGCGACGGUUCGAUCUGCAGAAUCCAUCCAGGAUGGACAGAAAUGUGGAGAUGUUUAUGAAUAUUGAGAAAACUCUUGCACAGAAUAACUGUCUGACUCGACCAAACGUGUACAUCUCAUCUGACGUGGACCAAAAACAGGCCAGCAAACUGAAAGACAUCAUCAAGAGACAUCAGGGCUCCAUCACUGAGGACAAAUCCAAAGCCACACAUGUCAUCUGUCCAUCUCCAGCACAGAUGGAGGAAGAGGAGUGGCUGCGUCCUGUCAUGCGCAAAGACAAGCAGGUGCUGGUUCACUGGGGGAAUUAUCCUGACAGUUACGAUACCUGGCUUUCCAGCAGUGAUGUGGACGGUGAUAUCGAGGAUCCUCCCAGCUCAGAGAAACCGUGGAGGGUGCACGCAAAGUGGGUCCUGGACACGGACGCCUUUAACGAGUGGAUGAAUGAGGAGGAUUAUGAAGUAGAUGAGAACAGGAAGCUGGUGAACUUCCGCCAGCGCAUCUUCCUUAAAGAGGAGGAGUCUUCCCGUACACCUGAUCGUAAGGAGCGAAAGUCUCUGGCUGGUGGGAAGAAGAGGCGGCGAUCCCCGUCCCCCCCAAGCACCCCUGCAGAGUCCCGCAAGAAGGGCAGCAAGAAAGGGAAUGCCGGGCCGCACUGGAAGCGCAGAGGUCAUCGUGAUGAUGAUGAGCAGGAUGAAGAUCUCACCAAGGACAUGGAGGACCCAUCUCCUGUCCCAGGAAUGGAGGAGGUUUCUCUGCCCAAAAAUGUUAAUCAGAAGAAGGACAGUGAGAAUGCACCGGUCAAAGGAGGGACCAUGGCUGAUCUAGAUGAACAGGAAGAUGGCUCUGUGGGCUCUGGGGGGAAGGAUGAUGAUGAACAAGGCAAGAUGGAGGUGAAUCGUCUCAUGGACUCUGGCGAGGACAACGUGACGGAGCAAACGCAUCACAUCAUCAUUCCCAGUUACUCCGCCUGGUUUGACUAUAACUCGAUUCAUGAAAUAGAGAGACGAGCCUUACCAGAGUUCUUCAAUGGAAAAAACAAGUCGAAAUCCCCAGAGAUAUAUCUGGCAUAUCGGAACUUCAUGAUUGAUACGUAUCGACUGAACCCUCAGGAAUACCUCACCUCCACUUCCUGCAGACGCAACCUCACUGGAGACGUGUGCGCUGUCAUGAGGGUGCAUGCGUUUCUGGAGCAGUGGGGUCUCAUUAACUAUCAGGUGGAUGCAGACAGCAGGCCGAUGCCGAUGGGUCCUCCACCCACACCACACUUUAACGUCCUGGCCGAUACACCGUCAGGCCUCAUCCCUCUACAUCAUCGCCCCCCGCAGGUUCCUUCAGCUCAGCAGAUGCUUAACUUUCCAGAGAAGAGCAAAGAAAAACCGACAGACCUGCAGAACUUUGGCCUCAGGACAGAUAUGUACUCCAAGAAGAAUCCUAAGAGUAAAGGAGGAAGCGGAACACGAGAGUGGACUGAGCAAGAAACUCUGCUGCUGUUAGAGGCCCUGGAGAUGUACAAGGACGAUUGGAACAAGGUUUCCGAGCACGUUGGCAGCCGAACACAGGACGAGUGUAUCCUCCACUUCCUGCGGCUGCCCAUCGAGGACCCGUACCUGGAGAGUUCCGAAGCGUCUCUUGGACCACUCGCCUACCAGCCUGUCCCCUUCAGCCAGUCGGGAAAUCCCGUCAUGAGCACUGUGGCCUUCCUCGCAUCCGUGGUGGACCCCAGAGUGGCCGCAGCUGCUGCUAAGGCAGCUCUUGAGGAGUUCUCCCGUGUGAGAGAGGAAGUCCCAGCUGAGCUGGUCGAGGCUCAUGUAAAGAAAGUGCAGGAGGCAGCAAAGAGCACGGGGAAAGUUGACCCCUGCUAUGGCCUGGAGAGCAGUGGCAUCGCAGGAACAGCACCAGAGGAAGAGAAAACCGAAACAACAGAAACAGAGAAGAUGGAAACGGAUUCGGAGUCUCAGCAGGGAGAGAAGACGGAGUCCAAGGACGAAACUGAGAAAGCGAACGAAGCGGCAGAGAAACCAGCGGAGGGAGAGAAAGUGAAGAGCGAGACUGCAGAGAAACCAGAGGGUGAGGAAGACGAGAGCGAUGGAGGAGAGACGAAGGAAGCGGGUGCUGCUGAUGUGUGUGAUCAGGUGUCACUCUUGAUGACUUCAGAGAAAGAAAAGGAGGAGGCAAUGGAGGUGACAGAGGGAGGGAAGGAGGGAGAGGAGGAGGAGACGACGGAGGAGGGCAAGAAGAAACUGGAGCUUGAUAUCGGAGAGGGAAACAUCGCCACUGCUGCAGCUGCUGCUCUCGCCUCUGCUGCCACCAAGGCUAAGCACUUGGCAGCAGUGGAAGAGAGGAAGAUCAAGUCUCUGGUGGCACUGCUGGUGGAGACACAGAUGAAGAAGCUGGAGAUUAAACUGCGUCACUUCGAGGAGCUGGAGACCAUCAUGGAUCGGGAGAAGGAGGCGCUGGAGUUGCAGAGGCAGCAGCUGCUGACGGAGAGGCAGGCUUUCCACAUGGAGCAGCUGAAGUAUGCAGAGAUGAAAGCACGUCAACAGAUGGAGCAACAGGCAGCGGCGGCCGCUGCAGCUCAGCAUGUACAGCUAGCCCCGCCCUCCCAUCUCGGAGCCCCUCCCCCAGGACAUGGAGCUCCUCUUCCCCACGGUGCACCACCUCCAUCUCAAAUACCGCCACCAGGUAUGAACCCUGGGCCUGGAUAUCCCACAAUGCCCCACCUCAUGGGACCCCACCAUCCUCCACAGACAGGGCCAAUGGUUGGACCGGGGCAGCCCAUGCCUGGCCGUAUGAUGCCCGGUGCUCCCCCUGGGGCGAUGCCUGGAGCUCCACCAGGCACGAUGCCUCCAAUGAUGGGCUCCAGACACCCCGGAGCCCUGAACGGCAUGUACCCCGGUCCUCCAGCUCCUCCCCCUCCUUCGUCUUCUGCUACACAGCCUGAUGGGAUACCACCAGCUCCACCCACCUCACUUCCUGUGCGCCCACCUGAAAACUAACACGCCCACACAGACACACAUUUGCAUCUGUCUCUAUUUUAACGCAGCUCCUGAUAUAGCUCCUGAUCCUGAUAUCCACACACACACACACACACGCACAUGCACACGCACAUGCACACACACAUGCACACACACACAUGCACGGAGCCUCUCUCACUCCCUUAUCUUACCUGCCUGUGAAUGGUGUGACCUUGAGCUACUGAUACACACUUGACACUGUUAACUCAGAGCUGGUGAACAGCUUCUACCUGUGUGUGUGUGUGUGUGUGUGUGUGUGUGUGUGUGUGUGUGUGGGGGGCAGUCAAGUUGAGCUUCUUUUCUUCCUUAUCUCUUAGAAUCUACCUCUCUGCUGGACUGUGUGUGUGUGUGUUAUGAUGCACUCUGGCUUGUAACACAAUAGAGAUUAAUAUAAACACACUUUCUCUUACACACAUGUGCACACACAAGCUGAGUGCUAGAGGUGUGUGUGUGUGUGUGUGUUUGUGUGUUUGGCCUUUAGAGCUCCUGGGCUCCUAAUAUAGUUCUGCUUUUUUCUACCUCUGUUUCUGCUACCUCUCUCUCCCUCUCUAUCUAUCUUUUUGUCCCUAUAAAUCUAUUUAUUUCUUUUCCUUCUUCGCUUCUUUUCCUUCUUCUCUGUGCAUCUCUCUCUCUCUGCCCCUCUCUCUGCCCAUGUGACUGCUGCGUUACUGCUGUGUGGAGGUUGGUUUUUAUCCUCCUUAUCCUCAGGUGAUCAUUUUUCCCACACUACAUUACAACACACACACACAAACACACACACUGUUACACACUUGUGUAGAGCUUCCACACUGUACUGUUCUGUGAGACAGGAGCUGUCUCUCUCUCUCUCUCUGUCUCUCUCUCUCUCUGUAUCAUUGCUUCAUGGCUGUGUAUGAGUUUAAGCUUGAUGAUGAUGAUGAUGUAUUUUUAAGAGAAUAAACUUUGUGUAGACGCCUCUGUUCUUGGCACAUUGAGCUUUUUAACCUGUAAGUGGUACUGAAACCCUGAAAUAAACUGCUGUGGCCCUUUUUAUAUGCA